AUGAUCUCGACAGAUGACUUGGAAUAUCCACGGGAGUACCGGACGCUGGGGAACAGCACCCGGCGCUUCUCCAAUGUGGGCCUGGUGCACACGUCGGAGCACCGGCACACCGUCAGCGCGGCCCAGAGCCUGGAGGCCCUGACCAACCUGCACAAGGCCGACAUGGAGCGCAAGAGGGACGCCUUCAUGGACCACCUGAAGAGCAAGUACCAGCAGCAGCAGCAGCAGCUGCAGCAUCCGCACCACAGCCCGCACCACAACCCGCCCUCGCCAUCACCCUCCCACGCCAGCAUGAGGGGCACGUCGGCGGAGCGCGCUGCACGUGAGCAGGUAAGCAAGCAACAACAGCCCAACUACUGGAGCUUUAAGAGCCGCAGUCCCCGGCAUUCCCAGUCUACCCAGUCUGGGCUCGCCGACCAGGCCGCCAAGCUCUCCUUCGCCUCAGCCGAAUCCUUGGAGACCAUGUCGGAGGCCGACAUCCCCGUCGGGUUCAACCGGAUGAACCGUUUCCGCCAGAGCCUGCCACUGUCCCGCUCGGCCAGCCAGAAUAAGCUGCGAUCUCCAGAUGAAUUUGCAGGCGUGCUGUUCCUGCAGUACGGGGACGAGACGCGCCGCGUGCACAUCACCCACGAGCUGAGCAGCCUGGACACGCUGCACGCCCUCAUCGUCCACAUGUUCCCCCAGAAGCUGACCGCGGGCAUGCUGAAGUCCUCCAACACGGCCAUCCUGAUCAAGGACGAGGCGCGCAACGUCUUCUACGAGCUCGAGGACGUGCGGGACAUCCAGGACCGCAGCAUCAUUAAGAUUUACCGCAAAGAGCCCAUCUACGCCUCCUACCCCGCCGCGGCGCACCUGGCCAAUGGAGAUCUGAGGAGGGAGAUGGUGUACUCCUCUCGCGACUCCUCCCCAACCCGCCGCAUCAACACCCUCCCCUCCUCUUCGGCCUCAGCCUCUUCUGGCUCUCCGUCCCGCUCACGCCUCUCCUACAGCGGCGGCCGCCCUCCGUCCUUCACCGGGUCCCAUUCCCAGCACGAACAGGCCCGACACCCCCACCAUCCCUCAGCCGGCCAUGGUGCCAAUGUAGGCCUGUCUCCUUCCCCCAGCGCCAUCCUGGAGCGCCGUGACGUCAAGCCCGAUGAGGAGGUUUCUGCUAAAAACAUGGCGCUAAUGAAGAGUGAGGGGCUGUACGCAGAUCCCUACAGCUUGGUGCACGAGGGCCGCCUCAGCAUCGCUUCCACUCAGUCUUUAGCUGCCAUCGGAGACCCCUUUAGCUUCCCUGUUACCAGUGGCCUGUACCGCCGUGGCUCUGUGCGCUCCCUCAGCACCUACUCAGCUGCAGGUCUUCAGGGGGAUAUGGACGACUCCCUCUACAAACCUGGUGGUUCUCUCUAUUCUGACACAUACUCCUCAGCCACUCUGGGGAUGGGCUUUCGCAUGCCGCCCUCAUCGCCACAGAAGAUCCCUGACAUGCAGCUAAGGGAAAGGGAAUCGUACUCCGGCUCGCCCAGCAGAGCCUCACCUGUCAGGCAGUCGUUUCGCAAGGACUCAACCUCUUCCUCCGUGUUUGUGGAUAGCCCAAAGUCGAGGCCCAGCUCCGGCUCAGAGCCUCUGUGCCUGACAGCCGGGCCUGGAGAGGGCGGCAGGGCCACGCCGGGCUUCGGUCUGUCUGGACAAGACGCAGACAUUAGCAGGGAUCAUCGUCUGGAGCGUAUGGAGGCCAUGGAGAAGCAGAUAGCCAGCCUGACCGGCCUGGUCCAGAGUGUGCUGACCAGAGCACCAGACAGUGACAGCACAUGCGGCCUGCUGCGUCUCUGCAUGAUGGCGGGCUGCCCUCCGGACCAAGGGACGGAGUUCUCACGGCCAUUACCUUUUUCUUCCAGCGAGAAGACCGAAACCAACAGCGACGGCUCCGCCACUGGAACUGGACGGCUGAAGAAGAAAGCUCACACACCAUCGGGACCGCUUGCUCUGAUGCCGCCGCCACCCUCCAUCUCAACCCAGGUGAACAGCGUCGGCCGCUUGCAGAUGCAGCUCCACCUGCACGGCCUGCAGCAAAACGCCAGCGACCUGCGCAAACAGCUCGGCCAGCUGCGCAAGACACAGGUGGAGAACCAGGCUUCGGUGAAAACUCUGCUGAAGCGGACAGAAGCGGAGCUGAACGUGCGCGUUGCUGACGCCUUAAGAAAACAGGAGGAUCCUCUGCAGAGACAGCGCCUCCUGGUGGAGGAGGAGAGACUCAAGUACCUCAACGAGGAGGAGCUCAUCAUUCAGCAGCUCCACGACCUGGAGAAGUCGGUGGAGGAGAUCCAGAAGGAGUCAUCCGUCAACCACAAGCUUGUGACAGUGCAGGAGCUGGAGGAGAAGGCCACCCUUCUGAGGAAACUGGGAGAGACGCUCACAGAACUGAAAAAUCAGUUCCCGGGCCUGCAGAGUAAGAUGCGUGUGGUGCUCAGGGUAGAAGUGGAGGCCGUCAAAUUCCUGAAAGAGGAGCCGCACAGACUGGACGCCCUGUUAAAACGCUGCAAGAGCGUAACCGACACCCUCGCCACCAUGCGCAAACAAGCGAAUGAGGGGGUGUGGAAGAAGCAGGAGGACUUCUCCAGUUCCUCAUCGAAGCACAACGACGACCUGCGAAAGUUUCCAGACUUCGACAUUCCCACUAGCCCCGCCCUCACCAUGAAUGACCUUGGGGGAGGCAACAGCCUGGCCAACUGGAGCCCCCACUCCAGCUUCAGCCGAAGCCACGGGAACCCGUCCGGCCCUCACAAGGACAGUUAUCCUCCUGUGCCCCACAAGGGCAGAGCCCUGGAGGAGCUGGAGCGCCGCGCUGCUGCGGACAAAGCUUUGUCCGUAGAGGUCCGACUGGCAGCAGAGCGGGAUUGGGAAGAGAAGCGGGCCAGCCUGACCCAGUACAGUGCUCAGGACAUCAACCGGCUGUUGGAGGAGACCCAGGCUGAAUUAUUGAAGGCGAUUCCAGAUCUGGACUUUGCUGCCAAGCACAUUAAACCCUCCUCAAGCACAACUUCCUCCCAGAACCCUCAGAGUGGGACGGCCACCCCAGAGCACCGCGUCAGCAAACCCCAGCACAAGCUUUCUGGGAAGGAGGGGUCCCGGCGUGGCUCUGACGAACUCACGGUGCCUCGAUAUCGCACAGAGAAACCCUCCAAGUCUCCUCCUCCCCCACCACCGAGACGCAGCUUCCCGACCUCUCCAGGCCUGAUCACCCGCAUCGGAGAGCCCCUCACUGUUGGGAAAAGUAUAAAGAAGUCUGAAUCUGACGAGACUGAAGGCCAGAAGCCUCAUACAAAGCUGCGGAGGACCGUGUCUGAAAACCCUCGUCCUGCAUCGACACCCCCCACACUGGCCUCCGGGGACAGGGAGGAAGGGGAGGAGGAGAGAAUUGCUGCCGAAUUGGAGCUGUUUGAGAGAGUCCCACUCAGGCUCACAGUGCCCCCUCCCCAUCCCCUGCCUGUUAGCCCUCGCAGCAGGAAAAGCGAACCCCCCCGCAGACUGGACCUGUGGCACUCUCGGGUCCCGGGCACCGAGGGAAGUCUCUUGUCUCCGGUCCCUCACAUCGUGUUGACAGACACAGCUUCGCCCACUGGCUCGGAGGAUCCCGUCAGCGAUUUGGCAAACAGCUCUGUGGAAGAGAGUCCGUCACGAGAUUUGAUAGGUCAUAUCUACAAGGCGCACAUUUCAAAGGACCGGGAUAAAAGGGAUAUGGAAUUAAAACAGGAGCUCGCCCUGCUGUUGAUGGAGCUGGAGGUGAGGGCGGUGUCUUCUCUUGAGGCCCAGGAGCUCAUCAACACUACUGGAAAAGUUAUAAAGACUCUGACAAUCUCACCACAGAAAAAAGAAGUCUCUGAGGUUCCGCUGGGAGAGCGACCUCUCCUAGUUCUCUUCACGGAGGAACAAACAGUCAGAGAGGCCUACACGCUGCUGUACUCCCUUCUGGAGUCGACCAAGCCUGUUCCCAAACCCAGAGUCAAAUCUUCCCUGGGUUCAGUCAGACAGAGCUCUCUGGCGGAGGCUCUGAAAAGAGGGAUGGAGACAGGGGACAGGAGGCUGACGCUUCACAACACAGAAACUGAGAUGAUUCCUGAAGUACAGCCGGGGUUAGUAAACAGUUCUCUUGAGUCCAAUAGCGCGAGUUACAGUCGGACGAGGACAACAGAAGAGGUCCGACGCAGCACCUACAAGAGGCUGGACAGCUUGGAGGAGACCAUUCGAGAGCUGGAGAACACCUUGAUAGAGUUCGGCGGCCAUCCCUCUGCAGAGCAGCUCUACGCUGAGACCACUCCAGCUCAGACGACCUCAGAGACCAAGAGGCCUCCGGUUCCACCCAAGCCGACAUCUUUGAACGCAGCAUCGACCCAGGGAGGGAAUGUCUCCAGCGUCGGUAAAGUUCUCCACACCUCGGCUACCUCCAAGCUGAAGCACCUGCAGCAGAACAGCACAGACAAGACUAAAGGCAGCAAAAGAGAGGACUUCCUGAAGAUCCAGGGCCAGCAGCAGGCCUUGGAGACCAACAGAACCAGCGGCAGUAUUGAACCAUACAUCUCUGGCACCAAAACGGGCAUUCUCUCAAGCCGAGUGCCCUCUCCUUCAUCAGCGUUAACCCCUGGCCAGAGGAAGCACCCCCAGGAGAGGGCGCUACCGGCCCUGAAAGCCUCCUCCAGUCAAGCCAAGGCGCUGCUGGCAAGCCUGACCGCUGCCGGCUUGAGCGCCGAGGCCCUGCUCCUCUCUUCCGCCCUCCGUCAUCACCGGCUUCUGCGCGAGCAGCGAGCCUCCUCCCUGCCUCUCCCCAGCAGCCGGUCCUCUUCCCCUACUCCUGAUGCCUCCCCCGCCUCCUCUUCCUCACCCACCACCCCUACUCCAUCCCUGUCUUCCUCCUCUCCCGCCCCUCCGAGUUCCCUCACCCUCCCCUCUGGGGAUCUCAAGCCCAGCGGUCGUAGCCUUGACAGCUGCAGCCUCGACGAGGAGGAGGUUUGCAGCGAGCCUGUGAAAAAGGACCUCAACCCCGGCAACUCUCUGUGA